AUUUUUGGUAGUGGUGGUGGCGGCGGCAACAACAGUGGCCGCCGCCCCUCCAGCCGGCCAUCUUGGAGCCAAACCCCGCCGCUGCCCAAGGACGAUGAGUGCUCCGGACGGACGGACGGGCACUUGACCUCCGCCCUGUCCAGCUGCUGAACCCCGCGCGCCGCCGCCCUUGAGGAUGAGCUCCGCAAGCCCGGCGCUGCAGCUGUUGCUGCUCUUCCCGCUGGUGCUGAACACGCUGGGCAUGGAGCUGAUGGCCCCAACCACUGUCUAUGCUCUGAACGGCUCUUCCAUUCGUCUCAGCUGCACUUUCAAUUCCUGCUACCAGGUAGACAAAAAGCAGUUCUCCAUGAAUUGGACCUACCAAACCUGCCAGAACUGCACCGAAGAGAUGUUCUUGCAGUUUAAGCUGAAAGUGGUUCCUGUGGAGCUGAAGCGUUUUGAAGAUCGUGUGGAGUUUACGGGAAACCCCAGCAAGAAUGAUGUGUCCUUCACCCUCCACAGGGUGCAGCUGGAGGAUACAGGGCUGUACAACUGCUAUGUGAUGAACCCGCCUGACCGACACAAGGGCCAUGGCCAGAUCAACCUCCAAGUUCUCACAGAAGAGCCCCCAGAGCGGGACUCCACUGUGGCCGUAAUUGUGGGGGCCACUGUGGGGGGCUUCCUGGCUGUGGUGAUCCUGGCCUUGGUCAUUGUCAAGUGUGUCCGGCGCAAGAAGCAGCAAAGGCUCAACACAGAUGACCAGAAGACCGAAGAAGAGGGCAAGACAGAUGGGGAAGGGAACCCGGAGGAAGGCAUGAAGUAGGGAGGGGAGUCUCUCCCCCUGGCUAGCCUCCCUGCUCCUCCUUGUCCCUGACCUCUUCUCCCAUGGACUUUCUCUAAAGCAAAGAGCUCCAUCCAAAGUUUCAGAAAGACUGGAGCGCUUUCUCUCUCCCUCUUCACUGCUGGGCUCUUGGGCCAGAGCACAGCAUGGGCUGGCUGCCGGUAGUGGGUUUUUAUUGGGGGGGAGGGAGGGAGUUUGCUGAAACUGAAAGCUGCCUGGGGUGAGUCUGCAUUCCUGUCCCAGAUGGCAGUUCCUCCGUUUGGACAGAGGAAGCCCUGUUUUGCGUCCCUGGCAAAAAGGCCACUGCCACCCCUGCCCCUGCUGCCUUCAUGGCAAGCCUUGGGAAAGCGAAAGCUUUUUUUCUUUGCUCACGGAGCACAAUGCUCCCUACUGGAAGGGGCCUGAGACGAGGCAGAUGUCUUAGGAACUGAUGAGGGCUCACAGCUCUGUGGCGGGGAGAGGGACUGUGUGUCCCACGGCCAAGCAGGAUUUCCUCUCCAAAGCAGAAACUGCCAUUUCUCACUUUCCACCUUGAAUACCAAGCACAAUUCACCACUGCCAGGAGAAUUCACUGCCAGGGGUCAGCAGCCGUCUCUCCUGCAGGCCAGCACUGCACCCCACUCCCAUCUUACCAACCCACUGCUGGACUGUUUGGAAGGAAUGCUGUUGACCCUCGCACCCCUCUCAUGAAAAAACCUGAAGGUUUUCUGUCUGGCAUAAGCAGGAAGUGUGUGCAUGUUGAGGGGAGCAUGGGAAGGAAGGAAGGAAGGAAGGAAGGAAGGAAGGAAGGAAGGAAGGAAGGAAGGAAGGAAGGAAGGAAGGAAGGAAGGAAGGCUGUUUGGGACUUAGUGAAAGAGUUUCCACCCAGACCCACAGCAACUGGUCUUUGCUCACACCUCUUGCCUGCUAGUUACACCCCCAAAGCAAGAAAGGCCCUGGAAGCCUCCAUUCUCCCCCCCCCCAAGCCAUGACCCCUCCUGGGAUUCUCCACUCAGCAGCCCCUGAACUGGCCCUUACUUCUGGGCAUGAGGCUACUUUCCUAGGACGUUCCCCUGGGGG